UGAACUCGAGGAAUGACUGCGAACAGCAUGGCUGCAGUAAACAAUGUUAGUUUAGUAACGUUACAAUCUUUAAAUGGCAUGUUUGCCAUAUACAAGAAAGUGGGACCGACAUCUACAGAAGUGUUAAACACGCUGAAACAAAGGCUGCUGAAAGAGGCUGGUGUAGAUAAACCAAACUCUCGAAAAAGGAAGAAGCAGGUUAUCAAACUGGGCCAUGGUGGGACUCUGGACAGCGCUGCUUCUGGUGUACUGGUGGUUGGGAUUGGGGAAGGGACGAAGAUGCUCACCUCUAUGCUUGCUGGAUCAAAGAAAUAUACAGCUGUCGGAGAGCUGGGCAAAUCAACAGACACCUUUGAUGCUACAGGAAAUGUUGUUCGAGAGGAAAGCUAUGAUCACAUAACAAGAGAGGCUUUUGAAGAGAAGCUGAAGCAAUUCACUGGUGAAAUCAUGCAGGUGCCCCCUCUGUACUCAGCACUGAAGAAAGAUGGCAAGCGCCUUUCCACCUUGUUGAAGGAAGGCGUUGAAGUGGAAGCUAAGCCUGCACGCCCAGUUACAGUUUACAACCUCUCCUUACAAGACUUUAAUCCCCCGCUUUUCACUUUGGAUGUUGAAUGCGGUGGAGGGUUUUAUGUCAGAAGUCUAGUGGAUGAUCUGGGAACAGCGCUGUCCUCGUGUGCUCAUGUGCGGGAGCUGACCCGGACAAAGCAGGGUCAGUUUACUCUCCAUGAACAUGUGUUAAGGGAGGAGCGUUGGACCUUCCAGGACAUUUCUGAGGUAUUACAGCCCUGCUCAAAGCCUGCAGCUGUGCACAAAAAAAGCAAAAGGCAGGACGUGGCCUCGCAGCUCAGCUCUGAAUGUCCUGCUAAAGAUCUCCAUCACAGCAAACCUGAUAAUGUUGGUGAAGACCAUAAACACAGCAGUGAUUAAAGAACGCUCUGUUGGUGAAAGUCAGUGCUCAGAGCACUCCUUCUGAACAUUUAUGUUCAUUGAUGACUUGUAACUUCUUUGUUAUGUGCUUUAUUUAGUUCGUGACAAAUGGCAACAAACAAGUUGUCAUAUAAUCCCGCAGUGAGUAAUGGAGAGAAUCAGCUUCACCACAUCAGAAAGCCCUUCUGAGCACAAGACUUCCUUAUGGUGGAAUUGUUUUAUAACAAUGUUCUGCUGGCUGCCAUCCUCAUCCACUGCACGUUCCAAAGGCACUGAUACUUGUUUUUCUUGAACCUCAGGCAGUUUGUGGCGAGUCUAAACUGCUCUUAUUUUUAUGGCCAUGCGCCAUUUGGCAGCUUUUUGUGGUUGUUAUGGCGUAACGGAGGAGUUAACAUACUUGCAAUGUUUUUGUUCUGCUUUUUCCUUUCCCCCCACUCCUUGAAAAAUAUAGUCUGCUACAUAGGUGGCAACCUUUUAAGUUGAAUCUCAUUUGUAAUUAAAAAUUGUCCCAGAUGGUAAAUGUUUUAAAUCAUGAAAUAAAUGAAAAGGAAAAGUGCAAGAACUGCAUUGUGUUUUACUACAAAACAGAAAGGCAACAUAGCCCACAAAAAUGCCAUUUCAAAGCUGACAUCUGCAGUCGUAAGCAACUGAAUCAUAGUAAUGUGAGAAUUCUACUGUUAAUGAGCCACCAGCUGAAAUGUUGAGCUAAAGGGAAAUUCAGGCUUUGUGUUUGGUGCCAGUUGGAGAUUUGUAUUAAGGCCAGGUUGAU